AUGUGAUUUGUGGAAUAAGGGUCUGUAUCUGUGAAAAGUUUGACUUGUGACCCUAAACUUCGUCUUCGGUCCCCAUCCAUCGAAACCCAAACCUCGCGAGAAAGAGAGAAAUGGCGGGUCAAUGGAAGUGGGGUUUUGCGAAAGGAAAUAAAAUGCCCUAGUUUUUUUGUUUUCGAUUUUUGUGUUUCCCGCUAAAAAAAAGCCCUAGUUCCGCCAUGGAAUCUCAAGGGGUCUUAAUCGUAAGCUUACGACUCUUCAGUUACUAGAUCCCCUUGGGAUUUUUUGUUUCUCGUUCUCGUCGUCGACGAAGUUUCCUAGGGUUCGUUGUUCGUUGUCGAUGGCUGGAUGGUCGAUGGUAGCAGACGAGGAUGCCGUCGAUUCUUGCAAAUCUUCUUCGAAGAACAUUGAAGCGAAUAAGUCUCCUGAAGGCGUUAACUACCCAGAUUCUAGAGGGUUGGAUUUUGAAAAGAAGAUUGAGGAACUCGUCUCCUUGUUCCGACGCUUGCUCGAAUCUUUCCUCGUCGAGUUUUGUUCGGCGGAUAGUUUCCGACCUCUUCCUCCGACGACCGGCGACGGGAGACAAGUCGAUUUGUUCAGCCUUUUCCUUAACGUGAGUCACAGAGGCGGAUUUGAUGCCGUUUCCGAGAAUGCGUCAUGGGACGAAGUUGCUCAAGAGUCUGGGUUAGGGUGUGAUAACUCUGCAUCUGCGAAAUUGAUCUAUGUCAAGUAUCUCGACGCACUUGCUCGGUGGUUGAACAGAGUCGUCGCGGGUGAUACCGAUGGCACUAGCGUGGAGUUGUCUGGAGUCUCAGAUGAUUUGAUGGGUAGGCUCAAAGAUUUUCUAUCGGAAGUGAAGAGGAAAUAUGAGCUGAGGAAAGGCAAGGCUGCAAUGGAGCUAGGUACAGAGCUCAAAUGGUUUGUAUCGAAGACGAAGAGAAGAUAUGAUAAGUACCAAAUCGGUAAAGAGUCUGUGAAAGAGAUCCAAGGUUCGAGAACGAGUGAUACGAGGCUGGAGAAACUUAUGCUUCUUGAUUCUGGUAGCAAGGAUGGAUUUUCGCCUGGGAAGAGAAAACGGGAAUGUCCUUUAGAGACAUUGAAAUGGUUAAGGGAUGCUGCGAAGGAUCCAUGUGACAUAUCUAUUGGUGCUUUGCCAGAUAGAUCCAAGUGGGGAUCUUAUGGAAGUGAAGAGCCAUGGAAACAACUUCUUCUGUUUAGGGCAUCAAGAACAAGCAAUGAUUCAGGUUGUGAAAAGAUUUGGCAGAAAAUCCAGAAGCUGCAUCCAUCUCUGUAUGAAGAUAGUGCUGGACCUAGUUACAAUCUAAGAGAGAGAAGACUCAGUUUCGAUGGAAGUCGGGAGAAAGGCAAGAUAUUUUCGGAGAAUGGCUCGGGUUUAAACAGUUCAGAUGAAGAGGAUGGAGAAUAUGCUCUGAUUGGUUCAGAGUUUCAAGCUGAAGUACCCGAGUGGACUGGCAUCACCUCUGAAAGCGAUCCAAAGUGGUUAGGCACUAGGAUCUGGCCACUGAGCAAAGAACAGAACAACAGCAAUCUUCUUAUCGAAAGAGAUCCUAUUGGGAGAGGAAGACAAGAUACUUGUGGCUGCCAGAAUCCAGGUUCUGUUGAAUGUGUCAGAUUUCACAUCGCUGCGAAACAGGAGAAACUGAAACUCGAGCUUGGUUCAGCAUUCUACAUGUGGUGCUUUGACACUUUGGGUGAAGGUACUCUGCAGUAUUGGACAGGGUUAGAACUGAAGAAGGUAAAGUCUUUGAUGACUUAUCCACCUACGCUUAAGCGAUCUUUCUUCGAUGAGCUCAAGAGUAUACUACCUUCGAAGAGCAGAGGGAAGAUUGUGAGCUACUUCUACAACGUGACACUUUUGCAGUUUAGAGCAAAUCAGAAUAGAAUCACUCCUGAGGAGGUAGACAGUGAUACUGAUGAACUCUACAACCUUGCAACAGAGAAUGAAGAUUCAACCGCAGAAGCAAACACGUGUCAGAAACCCGUCCUGCUUACGCCAAAGAAAAAAAGGCGUCGAUAGAGAGAGAGAGCUAAGUAGUAGCCUUUGAUGAUUCACCCUGGAGCAGCUUUUUUUCUACCUUUUCUUCUCUUCUUUCCAUCCCCUUUUUGGGGUAUCCAUUGAUUGCCAUUGAAACUGCUUUAAACUGUGGGUGAAAAGGCUUCAUCGGCUCAGCAAAUGCUGGUUUUGGUUUUUGAGGUAAAUACUAAAGGAGAGUAUUCUUUUCUUUGUUUUGGUUGGCUUUGCUUGAAAGCCUUUGCCAAAACUGAUUAAUCACAACAGAAGGAUUAAAGUACAGUGAAAUUUCGGGUUCUGUUUCGUGAAUACAACAGAGGCAAAAUGUAAUUGCUAUUUGUUUUUUUUUUUGUUUCUUCUUUGUUUCUAAGUGAAAAUAUGAAAUGAG